UAGAUCCUGAGAUUUGUCGAGCUACUUGGGAGGUUCGACACAGCUAUCACGGAGACGUGUAUAUGUUUCGGACUCGUGCAUGAUACCGCUGGUCAUGAAGAAGCACUGCAUACCCAUCAUUGCUCUCUUAAACUUUAGGUUCUUCGGUCACAGCGUCUUUGCUGACGAGGUCGUUCAGCUUGUAAACAAGGAACAUGUCGGGAUAUAGCUGAGCAGGAACUUCAUCCGAAUGGGACAUGAUGCGCGUGGUCGCGCGCUUCCGACAUGAGCUUCAAGUCGAAGGCCACCUCGUGCUCGACCUAUGCUACCUGACCAGAAACACUUCCCACAAGACCCGUCCUGUUGUGGGAAGAAUACUAUCGUCGAUUCUCUGAACGUCUACAAACCCUCUACGCCCUUCUCCAUGGUAUCACAUGCCGGGAAUCUCGCCUGAAGCGGCUUCCCGAGACAUCUUGUAGAAGGCGUUGAAAUACUUACCGGAACUGGAGCGAGAUCCCAUCUCCGGAGCUCGAUCGACGUGGCGCACUCCCCAAAGUCUGCAAAUGAAGUCGAUUGUGCAAUCGCUUCGACAUAGCACACUCCAAUGUGGUAAGCCUGCGAGGUCGUAUAGUGCAGUUGCCUCGAGAUUAUGCACUUGUCUGAGAAGUCGAACAUUGGAUGAGUGUCGACGCAAUGUACCUCUUCAGAUGGCCUAUGCGAUGUCGAACGACGCAAAAAUUCGACAUGGCCGACUGCAUCAGAGUCGCAACUUAUGAGACUGUGUCUAUCAGAGAUGCGAUGUGGCCUCCUGCAUAUCGCAAUCGAGGUUUCGUGCCCCCAGCUUCGCUCAGCAUUGAGAAGCCUUAUCGGAGAUGGCUGUGCCAAGAUGGUACCUUCGGGCUGCAUAUUCCGGACUACAAUACGACUUUGACCAAAUUCUGUAUCAAUGUCUUGAAAGACUUGGCGCCGGCGUGGAAACUGCUUGAGCGACGUUAUGUACUCCAUCCGGAUUUCUCGAUGACCGACGAGCACUGGGACUGGCGGGUUAUUCUGAUCGAUAUCGAGCAGAUGGAGCGCGACGUGCGACCCGGAGGCUUCAACCCAGGAGGCCUGAAGCUGCCAUGUUGCGGCAAGAAUCGUAUACCAUGGCUGUGGCGCACUGAUAUGUGUCCUAAUCAAAGCGACUACGCCGAAGAGACUAUCUUUUCGAUAUUCUCAGCUCGCCUUCGCACCAUGGACAAAGUAUGCGACAAGAACCAUACGACCGAAGAAUCACCCGCUACGCUGUUCCUGGAAGCCGUCGCUCAGUGGUUCGAGACAGGUGGAAAGUGCCACCUUUUCGGCUGCGUAAUGACACCAUUCCUUGGACAUGCAACCAGAUUCUCAUUUCUCCGUGACCUUGUGCAACGUAGACGAGCAGAAGACGGAGGGCCGUUCCCAACGAUGAAGGACCAGAACAGUUAUCGUGCUGCUAUGCGCGCUCAGACUUCCGAUGCUGACGUCCAAGAUGACUCUGAUGAAGAGUUCGAUGGUGAUGAGGGUGAGCUCGAUGAAGAAGAUGCCCUUUACGCAGAGCAUCUUCGCGAGGUGGAUGCAAUGAAAACUCGGUCGCAAGCAGAGCCAGAUGUCGAGCGGCUGAAGGAGUUGUCAGACCUACAGCUACAGUUCGCAGAUGACGAUCAAAACGCCGAGGAGGAUACCAAACAGCAGAUCAUGGCUCGUAUCAAGGCCGUUGUCGCUGAAUUGGAGGAAUACAUGCAGAAACUUGCAGGUGACGAGGAGAAUUCUACGCCAAAGGGUCCUGCCAACAGUUUGACCAGCACGUCUGACAAUCGGAGCUCUCGUGCUGAGAUCUUCCAGAGCCACCUGACAGAGCUUCAGAGUAUCAACUUCUUUCCUCAAAAGCUUGAGAACACUCUUGAUGCGAUCAAUGCGCGUAUGGAAGAAGAUCAGCAGUUCACACCAGAGGAGGCAUUCGGCAUAUUGUAG